UCAUUCAAGUUAAGUUCGUUAUUGUCCUUGUUCUGUCACGUUUUUAUUUUGUCAAAAUUUCUGGAACCAAAUAGGAAUUUUUGUUAAUUUUAUGUAAUAGUACCAUCAAAUUCAAGUUUAGUCGACUCAACCAAUGCAACGUUGGUAAAUAACACACAAAAAAGGCAACAUUGGCAACAUUGAAUCAUGUGCAACAAUGGAGAAAAUGCCCAGAUGCGGGGCACUCGAAGCUCAGACAUCCAUGCCCUGGCCCAACAGGGCUACAAGAUCGGCACCAAAAUCGGCGAGGGAUCGUACGCGACGGUGAUCAACGCCAGCUUUGCUGAUGAGACUGGUCAUAUUAUCAAUUUGGCGUGCAAGGUUAUCGAUAAGGAAAAGGCGCCCAUUGACUUUGUCGAAAAGUUCUUUCCCCGCGAAAUGGAUAUAUUGACAAAACUGGAUCAUCCGAACAUCAUACAGAUUCAUAGCAUCUUGCAGCGCGGCCCGAAGAUCUUUAUUUUUAUGCGCUUCGCCGAGCGAGGCGACCUUUUGACGCACGUCAAAAAGGUUGGCUAUGUUGAGGAGAAACAGGCCAAAAUUUGGUUCUAUCAGAUGGCUAAUGCCUUAAAGUACUUACACAGCUUUGAUAUUGCCCACAGAGAUCUUAAGUGCGAGAACAUUUUACUCUCUGAACAUUUCAAUAUAAAGCUAGCCGAUUUUGGUUUCGCCUGCUUUUGCCAAAGCAAAGGCGGCAAGCGUAUGUUAUCAGACACAUAUUGUGGCUCGGCAGCCUACGCUGCCCCAGAAGUCGUCUAUGGAGUGCCCUAUGAUCCAAAGCUCGCUGAUGCCUGGUCAUUGGGCGUCAUAUUGUUUAUAAUGUUAAAUGGUAAGAUGCCGUUCGAUGAUGCAAAUCUGACCAAAUUACUGGAAGAUCAGCGAUCAAGGAAGUAUGCGUUUCGUCGUAAGUUUCAUGACGUAAUCACGCCUCAUGCCAAGGCUACUGUUGCUGUGCUUCUCGAUCCGAACCCAGAGACACGUUGGACUCUGCGUGAGAUUCUCAAAUGCAGUUGGCUUCUGCUUGAGAAGGAGCACCCACAAAAGGAGCAACUGCCGCACCAACAAUUGCAACGCGAGCAAGAACCAUAGCAAUGAUAUUGUAAAGCUAAAAAUUGUGUUUUGACCUUUCACACUGAAUAAUUUACAUUUAGGAUAAAGUCGCGAAAUACCUCGCAUUCACUCACAUUUCAUACUUCAAAUACAAUGUAUUAUCGCAACCCAAUGAAUAAAAAUAUUUUUUUAA